UAAAGGCGGAUAACCACAAACACAAGAGCACAUCUUCUGAUACACAGCACUGUUGUUUGAGAGGGUAAGAAGCAGAAACUGAGAUGUAGAAUUAGUCAUUUCCAAACAUUUGAUCUCAUUUGAUUUAAUUUGAUUUAAAAAUUCAGACAAAGGUAGAGAACAUUGUGUCAGUCUAACAGAAAGUCUUUAUAGAACCAACAAACUCCCUUCAUUUGGACAUCAUGGAUGGAGAAUCACCAAACCAAGAGAAAGACGUGACCUCCCAGGCAGAAACCAUCACCAAAAAGGAGGCAAAUGAGUCACAACAAGAUGGAUGUGAGGGCACUAAUGACACACCAGAACCUCAAGGGGUAACUGAGGUGGAAGAGAGUGACGAGCCAGAAAAAGCACAAGAUAAAGCCAAUGCUGAAGAUACAAACAAGAUGCAAAGCUUCUCUCAGCCUGCUGAAGAGGCUGGACAAGAUAAAAACACACCGGCUGCUGAUGAUGUGAAAGACACUGAUACGGUAAAAGAGAAACAAGAUGGGAAAGAAGAUUUGGAAGAUGGAGACAAGGAAGAAGAACCGGUGAAAAAGAUGCAAAAUCAAGAAAAUGAGAAUGACAAAGAGGAGAUCAAAGACAAGGAGGAGGGUGAAAUAAAGGGAGAGAGUCGAGAAGAUGCUAAAAACAAUAUAUCUAAAGAGACUGAGCCAGAAAAAGAGAUGACUGAUAAAGGAAAGGUAAAUGAGACUGAAAAACAAACAAAACCUAAAAGAAAGGGCGGGGCUCCCUCUUCUAUCUCUCGACCAAGAUCCUCUGCACGCUCUAUUAGAGCAUCCAAUAGAAAUGAUAUUAUUGCAAAGUUCCAAAAAGGUGCACCAGAGACACCGAUAGCUCGCAAUUUCAAAAUUCAGAAGUCCUCUAGUGCUGGGGCAACAGGAGCUUCAAUCAAACAGAAGAUUCUUCAGUGGUGCCGCAACAAGACACGCAAAUAUGAGGGUAUAAAUAUUGAAAACUUUUCCUCAUCCUGGAGUGAUGGGCUCGCAUUCUGCGCUCUAAUCCAUCGCUUCUUUCCUGACGCUUUUGACUACAGUUCUCUAAAACCAGAGGAGAGGGAGAAAAACUUCACGCUGGCCUUCCAAACAGCAGAGUCCCUAGCUGACUGCUGCCCUUUGCUAGAGGUGCCGGAUAUGAUCAUGAUGGGCAACCACCCGGAUCCCAUGUGUGUGUUCACAUACGUGCAGUCCCUCUGCCACAGCCUCUCCAAAAUAGAGAAAGAGAGGAAGGACAAGGAGAAGGAGAAGGCUGACAAUGAGAAAGAGGAGAAAGAGGAAGGUAAUGACGAAAUGGGAGAGGAACCACGCGCUGACUGUGAGAAGAUGGAGGAGAAGAAAGAAGAAGAUGACAAAGAGUCAAACAGAAAGGAAGAAGAGGAAGACUGUCCAAAGAUGAGUCAAGAUGAAGAUAUUGAGGGAGUUUCCGUUGAGAGAGAAACCUAGAAAAAAUGUGAGAGAUAAGAUAAAAGACCGAGAAUAUCUCACAUUUCUGCUGACAGUAGUUUAGUUUUGGGUUGCAUAAGUUGGCUGUCUCAACUCAGACACUUUUUUUUUUAUUGUUCUAAAUAUAUGGAGGUUUGUUUGGGGGUUGGGGUGUCACUGUUCUGUAUCUAUUAAGUUUUUGUUUUGAGCACACUUCCAAAAAUAUAUAAAUCUAUGUAAAUAAAAUAUUAUAUGAGGGAUUAAGUGUUUGUAUUUCAAAGAUCUAUUAUAUUCAUUUUAAAACUCAUCUUUCACUUUAACAUGCAUAUAGAGAAACAUUAAAUACUGUCCACAUGGCACUUCCAGCAACAGUUUUUGGCAUUGGCAAUAUAAGUCUCUGUCCAGAGCGGCACAGAAUAGGAUCUGCCAUCAGAACAAUGGAAAUAUUUUCAGUUGUCUGUUUUUUCUUUUAAUGGUGAUGAUGAAAGUAGGAUUUAAUUUUGUGAUUGCUUUAGUUGUUAUGCUUUUCCAUGAACAAUACAGAUUAUCAUCAUUUCCCAAUUACUGUGUUUGCAAUUGUCAGGACUGGGGUUUGAGGACCCAAAUGCAGAGGCAGGGAGGCAGAGGUGAGUUUCUUGAAGGUUUAAUGAACAGUUAACCGACUAUAGAGGCAGGAAUCCAAAAAACCAAAAAGUCAAAUGUGGAAAAAAAGUCAAACAAAGCAGAAACCAUGGAGACAUCAGAGGAAAAACAAUUACGACGAGAAAGACUCAGAGAGACAGAGUUGGAGAAAGUUAGAUGAGGAACCAGCACUGAAGAACUGCACAGAGAGAGUAUUUAUAGGAGACUGAAACAAAGA